CUUGUUCUUAUUAACAUUUUUAAUCACACCAGGAAAUUCAAAAUAUUUCCUCUCUUUUUUGCUUGUUAUUUAGUUACUUAUGUAGACUUAUCCUAAUCACUCCCUCGUAUUCAAUUGCAAAGAAGAAACCGAGAAAGCAGUCAGAUUUCUACAUUAUUCCCAUCUCCUUUACAGAUCAGUAACCUUGGAGACUCAACAACUUGAAAACAAGAAUGCCAAAACCAAGUAUUAGAGGUGGUUCAGAGUUGCCUCAGAGGCAAUCUCCAAGGCUGAGGUUACCAUCAUCCACUUCCUCUGAUCCGCAUCACUUCCACCGUCCGAUUACAGACCGGAGUCCGAGGCUCGGCCCUGACCGUAGAUCUCCGAGGAGCGGCGGGCCUCACAGUGAUCCACUGACUCAGAAGAAGCUUGGCAGCCGCAUCUCUGGUUUGGAGUCACAGCUAGGACAAGCUCAAGAAGAGUUGAGAUUGCUCAAAGAGCAGUUGGCUAAAGCUGAGGCUGCCAAGAAACGUGCUCAAGAAGAGCUUCAUAAGAAGAAACCCAAGCAACCGAAACCGAGUGAGAGAGACGAUGUUCCUGGAGAUGGACAUCAAGAGACCGAUGUGUUUGAGGUUCUUCCUGUCGAGAAAGCAAAAGAAUGUGAGAAGACGAAGAAAGAUGAAUUGGCUUCAAAGGAAGACCAGAUCAACUUAUUGAAAGCUAGACUAUACGACAUGGAGAAAGAAAGGGCAUCACUUGGUAACGAAAACGAGAGCUUGAGGAAUCAGCUGAAGAAGACGGAUUCAGAAAUGUCCAGCGUAAAGGCGAAAGAGGAUGAGAUAGCUUCAAAGGUGAAUCAGAUUGGGGAAGAGUUGGAAGAAAGCAACGAGGAAACGGCAAAGCUAAAGAAGAAGCUGGAAUCCGUGGAAGAAGCAAAAGAGAGUUUAGAAACAGAGAUGAAGAAGCUAAAGGUCCUAACCGAGCAAUGGAGGAAAGCAGCAGAUGCUGCAGCUGCGGUUCUAUCUGGAGGAGUUGAGAUGAAUAGUCGGUUCUCAGAGCGUUGCGGGUCAAUGGAAAAGCAUUUCGCAGGUCGGUUUAUGGGAUCACCGGGAAUGGCUGAUGAUUCCGAUGACGGUUUAGGAAGUGGGAAGAGGAAAGGUUCGGGAAUGAAGAUGUUCGGUGACCUGUGGAGGAAGAAAGGGCAGAAAUGAAGUGUGAUAGAACAAAAAAAAAAAGAGUAGCGUGUGAUUCAAGAAAGCAGUGUACCUCUUUACAUGGUGAGAUGAUCUAAGUGUGUCUACGAAA